CUGUUUCGCUGGCGGAGAAGAUGCAGGCUCAGGAAAUCCUGCGGAGCCUGCGGCUCCCCGAAUUCGAUGACCUCAGCCAGUUUUUCCGCAACCUGCCGGCCACCGCGCUGGUGGGCAUCGGUGCCUUUGCUGCCGUCGUCGCUUACUGGUUUGCCAGCCGGCCCCGGGCCGUGAAGCCGCCCUGCGAUCUGCGGAUGCAGUCAGAGGAGGUCGAGGGCCUGGACGGGGCACGCCGGUCGGUCAUCGGGGACAGCCCACAGCUGCUGACUCACUACUAUGAUGAUGCCAGGACCAUGUACGAAGUCUUCAGGAGGGGAUUCAGCAUCUCUGAAAACGGCCCCUGCCUGGGAUUCAGGAAGCCCAAGCAGCCCUACCAGUGGCUGUCUUACAAGGAGGUGGCUGAAAGAGCAGAAGCUCUGGGUUCAGGACUUAUUCAGCAGGGCUGCAAGCCAUCCACCAAGCAGUUCAUUGGGGUCUUUGCUCAAAACCGUCCAGAGUGGAUCAUUUCCGAGCUGGCUUGCUACACCUACUCCAUGGUGGUGGUUCCCCUCUAUGACACCUUAGGUCCUGGAGCCAUUCGUUACAUUGUCAACACAGCUGACAUUUCCACAGUCAUCUGUGACAAACCUGAAAAAGCCAGAAUACUCCUCGACCAUGUGGAGAGGAGAGAAACACCAGGGCUUAGCUCCAUCAUCCUGAUGGACCCCUUUGAGAAGGAGCUGAUGGAGAGAGGGAGGUGCUGUGGGGUUCGCAUCCAAACCAUGCAGGAGGUGGAGGACUGUGGCCGUGAGAGUCGACACAUGCCUGUGCCUCCUCGACCAGAAGAUCUAUCAAUCGUCUGUUUUACUAGUGGCACUACAGGAAACCCCAAAGGUGCUAUGCUGACCCAUGGGAACGUGGUUGCUGAUUUUUCAGGCUUUCUGAAAGUGACGGAGAAAGUGAUCUUUCCGAGACAGGACGAUGUGCUCAUCUCCUUCCUGCCUCUGGCUCACAUGUUUGAAAGAGUUAUCCAGUCUGUCGUAUAUUGUCAUGGAGGGCGAAUUGGGUUCUUCCAAGGCGAUAUUCGUCUCCUAUCUGAUGAUAUGAAAGCGUUGCGUCCAACCAUCUUCCCUGUUGUGCCGCGGCUGUUAAACAGGAUGUACGACAAAAUCUUCAGCCAGGCAGACACAUCCCUCAAGCGCUGGAUUCUGGAAUUUGCUGCGAAACGGAAAAAGGCGGAAGUGCGAAACGGGAUCAUUAGAAAUGACAGCUUGUGGGAUAAGCUUUUCUUUAAUAAAAUACAGGCGAGUCUCGGUGGGUGCGUUCGCAUGAUAGUAACAGGCGCUGCCCCGGCCUCUCCGACUGUCCUGGGCUUCCUUCGUGCAGCCCUUGGAUGUCAGGUUUAUGAAGGUUAUGGCCAGACAGAAUGUACAGCUGGAUGCACCUUUACAACCCCAGGUGACUGGACAUCAGGUCAUGUAGGAGCCCCUUUGCCUUGUAACUUAAUCAGAUUGAAGGAUGUGGAAGAGCUGAAUUAUUUUGCUUCCAAAGGAGAAGGAGAGAUAUGUGUGAAAGGACCAAAUGUUUUCAAAGGUUAUCUGAAAGAUGAAGAGAAGACAACUGAAGCGCUGGACCAGGAGGGCUGGCUUCACACUGGAGACAUUGGGAGAUGGUUACCUAAUGGGACUCUUAAAAUUAUUGAUCGGAAAAAGCAUAUAUUUAAACUUGCUCAGGGAGAAUAUAUUGCACCGGAGAAGAUAGAGAAUAUCUAUAUCCGCAGUGACCCUGUUGCCCAGAUCUAUGUCCAUGGAGACAGCCUGCAGGCCUUUCUGGUGGGAAUUGUGGUGCCUGAUUCUGAAGUUAUGCCAGGCUGGGCAAAGAAGAGAGGGUUUGAUGGAGCAUAUGCAGAACUCUGUAAAAAUAAGGAACUGCAGCAAGCAAUAAUGGAAGACAUGGUACGGUUAGGUAAGGAGAGUGGACUUCAUUCCUUUGAGCAGGUCAAAGCCAUUUACAUUCACUCUGAUAUGUUCUCAGUACAAAACGGUUUGUUGACACCAACAUUAAAGGCUAAGAGACCAGAACUAAGAGAUUACUUCAAAAAACAAAUAGAAGAGCUAUAUUCAAGCAUCUCCAUCUGA